AUGGCUUCCACGAGAGAAGCUACAAAAGAAAUUAGGAGAGAAAAUAAGCGAGGAAAUGGACGAUGGAUUCUGACUGAUUAUUAUUUUCGUGCUUUUUUCGUUACCUUCAUUUUACAGUACACGCAAUUAUUGGUUGCUUUCGAUUAUCUAGUAAGUUUGCCAUCAUCGUCAGUUGAAGAAAAGUUCAUCAUGCAGUAUAGAGAGCCCCUGGCUGCAACCACACAGUCCAGACUUUUCGGGCCCGAUAUCCCAGAAGUUACAAUUGAUCCGGUUACUCAAAGGAGACAAGCGACUGUCAAGACUCGUUGUAAGGAUACGAAGACGGAAGUAACGGUCAUGGAUGCGGGUACUGGAAAAUUUGACAUUGACGGUCAUGAUCUCCCUACUUUUCGGCAUUUGAUAGCCAGGUACGACCUUUCAAUCAAAUUUAUCAUUUUCAUUGAGAAGCUAUGUAAAUGGAUUGCCCGUUAA